AUGGUUGUGUUUGUUUUCUUUGCUAUCCCAUUUCCCAAAGUAUUAGUUGUUAACGGAGCAAUUCCGGCAUUGUUUGCAUUUGGUGACUCAAUUCUUGAUACGGGAAAUAAUAACAAUAUCCUAGCAAUAACUAAGUGCAAUUUUCCUCCGUACGGAAGGGAUUUCCCAGGAGGAAUACCUACGGGAAGAUGUUGUAAUGGAAAAAUUCCUACAGAUUUAAUAGCAUCGGCUUUGGGAAUAAAAGAAACAGUGCCAGCAUAUCUGAGUGGUAACUUGAGUCCUCAAGACCUCGUCACCGGGGUAUGCUUUGCUUCUGCUGGUUCCGGCAUUGAUGAUGCCACUUCUAGGUUACAGCAGGGAGUUGUAUCACUGCCAAGCCAACUGAGAUUGUUCCAAGAAUACAUAGGAAAGCUUACAGCACUGGUUGGACAACAAAGAGCAGCUGACAUCAUAUCCAAAAGCGUAUUCCUCGUCUCAGCCGGCAACAAUGACAUUGCCAUUACCUAUUCUUUUCUAUUAGCCCCAACAUUGCAGCCUUUUCCUUUAUAUUCCACUCGUUUAGUUACCACCACUUCUAAUUUUUUCAAGAGUCUUUAUGAACUUGGAGCACGACGAGUGUGGGUAUUAAGUACAUUGCCACUUGGAUGCUUGCCUGGAGGUAGAACUGUGGCAGGGGGACCAUUAAGGAUUUGUGCACCCUUUGCGAAUCAAUUUGCACAGACAUUCAAUGGCCAAUUAUCAUCAGCAGUUGAUUCUAUGAGAGUCACCCUUCCCAAUUAUGACAUUAGGUUCAUCGAUGUCUACACUCCUCUCUUUAAUCUCAUAAAUAAUCCUCAGCCAGAAGGGUUUGUAGAUGUCUCGGAAGGGUGUUGUGGGACUGCGCCAUUUGGAGUUUCAGGAAUAUGUACCCUUCUCAGUUUGUGCCCGAAUCCUUCUUCAUAUGUUUUCUGGGAUUCUGCUCAUCCAACUGAGAGAGCUUAUCGGUUUGUUGUGUCUUCUAUAUUACAACAACACACAAACAAUGUUUCAAACUCUUUUGCUUUUGCUCCAGUUAAUUCUUCCCUCUCAAAUUAA